GAAGUCCAAAAAAAAAAGAAAAAGAGUGGAGAUACGGACAAACGGAAGCCGCGUUGUUACUCCUCCAGUAGCGCCGUGGGACGAAGGUUGGCAGCGGCUCGACGACACUGCUGCAGCCGGACUUUAGCUGUCGAUAUGUGGGCGCGCUUGUUAGCGGGGGCUCGGGGUGCUGGUUGCGGAAGGAGGGACCUGCAGCGAAGACAUGCGUCGUCCACUGGAGAGACCACGCUGAAGACCACGGCCCUUUUUGACUUCCACAGGGCUCACGGCGGAAAGAUGGUGGAGUUUGCGGGCUGGAGCAUGCCGGUGCAGUACAAAGACAGUCACGUCAGCUCGCACGCGCACACCAGAGAGCAUUGCUCCAUUUUUGACGUCAGCCACAUGCUGCAGACCAAAGUCCACGGCAAGGACCGGAUCAAGUUCAUGGAGUCUCUGGUGGUGGCCGACGUUUUGGAACUUAAAGACAACCAGGGUACGCUGUCCCUCUUCACCAAUGACAAGGGCGGCAUCAUUGACGACCUGAUCGUGACCAAGACGGACCAGGACUACCUCUACGUGGUCUCAAACGCCGGCUGUGCGGACAAAGACUCUGCUCAUAUGAAGGCCAGACUUUCAGAGUUGAAGGCGUCAGGCUGUGAUGUUGAUCUGGAGUUCCUGGAUGAAGCCUUGAUCGCUCUGCAAGGGCCGUCCAUGUGUCGGGUGCUGCAGGAGGGCGUGAAAGAGGACCUGGCCAAGCUGACCUUUAUGACGUCCGCCUUGGCCACCAUCUUUGGUGUGCCCGGCUGCAGGGUGACCAGGUGUGGCUACACGGGAGAGGACGGCGUGGAGAUCUCCGUUCCUCAGUCCAGAGUGGUGGAGCUGACCGAGAGGCUGCUGGCCCACAGCGAGGUCAAACUGGCCGGCCUGGGCGCCCGGGACAGCCUGCGACUGGAGGCGGGGCUCUGUCUCUACGGCAACGACAUCGAAGAGACCACCACGCCCGUGGAGGCCGCCCUCUUGUGGACGAUAGGAAAGAGACGGCGUCAGACGGGAGGCUUCCCCGGCGCCGACGUUAUCCUGUCUCAGAUCAAAGCCAAGACCGCCCGGAAGAGGGUGGGCCUGGUGUCCACGGGGCCCCCCGUCAGACAACACACACCCAUACUGAGCCCUGAUGGAAAGGUCAUAGGCGAGGUGACCAGCGGCUGCCCCUCACCCUGCCUGAAAAAAAACAUCGCCAUGGGUUACGUGGACGCCGCCUUUGCCAAGAACGGCACAGCGAUCCAGGUUGAGGUCCGAAAGAAAGUCGUGCCCGCCGUGGUCUCCAAGAUGCCCUUUGUGCCCACCAACUACUACUCUGGAUAGGAGGCCCCUUCCUGUGGUAAAUGGUAUGAUGAACAUUCCCGGGGGCCUACAUUGCAUUUUUAGAUCUAGACCGAUGGUUCUCCAUCUUUUUUUCAACCAAGUACCACCUCAGACAUUACUUAACAUUAAAAUACAGUCGUGUAGUAGGCCAAAGUAUUCAUUAAAAACAAGUAUAUUUUGUCCACAGUUUGAACAGUAACAUUGUUUCAAUAUAGGAAAAUAAAACACUGUGUAUACUUUAAUCAUGUGACUUGGCGUACCACUAGAGGUACACGUACCACAGUUUGAGAAUUUUUGGUGUAACUAUUAAAUAUCUUUAUUAAUUACUAACUAGAAGCUAGAGGAUGUGGUUCUGACCUUCUCAAGUGCCUUUCUCUUUUCCAAACAAAAUCUAGAGAUCGACAGAUUGCCGGCACCGUUUUUUGGCAUUUUGACGUAUAUAGAUAUCAGCUUUUUUUUAAUAAACAUGUGGGUGUGUGUACAUAACAUAUACACAUAUACAGUCAUGGUCAAAAGUUUACAUACAAAGAAAAUAAUAUCAUGGCUGUCUUGGGUUUCCAAUAAUUUAUACAACUCUUAUUUUUUGUGAUAGAGUGAUUGGAGCACAUACUAGUUGGUCACAAAAAGCAUUCAUGAAGUUUGGUUCAUUUAUGAAUUUAUUAUGGGUCUAUAUAUAUGAUAUAUAUACAUGUGUGUAUGUAUAUAUAUAUAUGUGUAUGUAUACGUGUGUGUAUAUAUAUAUAUAUAUAUAUAUAUAUAUAUAUACAUGUG